UCUGUCAUCUUGUAUCAUCUUUAUUCUCAUUUGUAAUGAGUGGUGUCGUAUAAUUAUUUUAUUUGGUACAUUACCUACACAAAUAUUAAAGUUAGUAAUAACAUAUGCAUAUAAACAAAAUAUCUAUCCACUGAAAUAUAAUACACGCUGGCUCUCUUAUACGAAUGUAUAUGAGAGCAACAAUGAAGUAUUCUUGUAACCGCAAAUGAACACUGAAGCAAAAUAUAAUAUACAUUUAGUGUUUUGUUGGUGUGAUAGAUUAGAGCUACAAUGAUGAAGAGUGCAAUGCCGAAGGACAAACCAGGCAAGAUGAGGAUCAGAGCUUUUCCCAUGACUAUGGAUGAAAAGUAUGUGGAAAGCAUAUGGAGCUUGCUGAAGAAUGCCAUACAAGAAAUACAGAAGAAAAAUAACUCCGGGCUUUCUUUUGAAGAACUCUACCGUAAUGCUUACACUAUGGUCCUUCACAAACACGGAGAACGGUUGUACUCAGGUUUGAAGGAAGUUGUCACUAAUCAUCUUGAAACAAAGGUGAGGAAAGAUGUCAUCCACUCUUUGAACAAUGGAUUCCUUCAAACUCUGAACAAUGCUUGGACUGAUCAUCAAACAAGUAUGGUUAUGAUUCGUGACAUACUUAUGUAUAUGGACAGGGUAUAUGUGCAACAGAAUGACGUGGACAAUGUAUACAAUCUGGGACUCAUCAUUUUCAGAGAUCAGGUUGUUCGCUACGGUUCCAUACGUGACCAUCUCCGACAAACUCUACUAGAAAUGGUGGCUCGCGAGCGACGUGGGGAGGUUGUAGAUCGGCUGGCCAUCCGCAACGCUUGCCAGAUGCUCAUGGUACUGGGGAUCAAUUCCCGGGCCGUUUACGAAGAGGACUUCGAAACACCCUUCUUGCAUCAGUCUGCUGAGUUUUAUAGGAUGGAAUCUCAGAAGUUCUUAGCCGAGAACAGCGCCGCGGUGUACAUCCAGCGCGUCGAGGCGCGCAUCAGCGAGGAGGCGGAGCGCGCGCGCCACUACCUCGACGAGACCACGGAGCCGCGCGUCGUGGCCGUCCUCGAGCACGAGCUCAUCGAGCAGCACAUGAAGACCAUUGUCGAGAUGGAAAACUCCGGCGUGGUCCACAUGCUGAUGCACACUCGCACCGGCGAGCUGGCUUGUGUGUACAAGCUGUUGUCCCGCGUGCCCGACGGGCUGCGGACCGUGGCGGACGCCGUGUCCUCGCACCUGCGCGAGCAAGGCCGCGCCCUGGUCACCGACCACCACAACAACACCAACGCUAUCACCUACGUCCAGAACCUUCUGGACCUGAAAGCCCGGUUCGACCACUUCCUGCAGAACUCCUUCAAUAAUGACAAACUGUUCAAGCACAUGAUCGCCUCAGAUUUCGAGUACUUCCUUAACCUGAAUAACAAAUCUCCAGAGUUUUUGUCGCUCUUCAUUGACGGCAAAUUGAAGAAGGGAGAAAAAGGCAUGAGUGAACAAGAGAUCGAGGCGGUGUUGGACAAGACGAUGGUGCUGUUCCGUUUCCUGCAAGAGAAGGACGUGUUCGAGCGCUACUACAAGCAGCACCUGGCCAAGCGGCUGCUACUCAACAAGUCCGUCUCCGACGACAGCGAGAAGAAUAUGAUCUCCAAACUGAAGACUGAAUGCGGGAGUCAGUUUACAUCAAAGCUGGAAGGCAUGUUCAAGGAUAUGACCGUCUCAAACACCAUCAUGGAAGAGUUCAAAGAGCAUGUCUUGUCCUCUGGCACGAAUCUGUACGGCGUCGAGUUGUCAGUGCGCGUGCUGACGACGGGUCUGUGGCCCACUCAGAGCGUCACGCCCAAGUGCAACAUACCCAUAGCGCCCAGAAAUGCCUUCGAAGUCUUCAGAAGUUUCUACUUGGCCAAACACUCGGGCCGGCAGUUGUCUCUGCAGCCGCAGCUGGGCAACGUGGACCUGCACGCGACCUUCCGUGGCUCGUCCUCGCCGCCCGCCUCCCCCCACUCCCCGCCCGCGCCGCGGCGGCACAUCAUACAGGUGUCGCCCUUCCAGAUGUGCGUGCUGCUGCUCUUCAACAAGCGGGACCGGCUCACUUACGAGGUAACCACACACUCCCCGCCCGCCUCCCCCCACUCCCCGCCCGCGCCGCGGCGGCACAUCAUACAGGUGUCGCCCUUCCAGAUGUGCGUGCUGCUGCUCUUCAACAAGCGGGACCGGCUCACUUACGAGGUAACCACACACUCCCCGCCCGCCUCCCCCCACUCCCCGCCCGCGCCGCGGCGGCACAUCAUACAGGUGUCGCCCUUCCAGAUGUGCGUGCUGCUGCUCUUCAACAAGCGGGACCGGCUCACUUACGAGGUAACCACACACUCCCCGCCCGCCUCCCCCCACUCCCCGCCCGCGCCGCGGCGGCACAUCAUACAGGUGUCGCCCUUCCAGAUGUGCGUGCUGCUGCUCUUCAACAAGCGGGACCGGCUCACUUACGAGGUAACCACACACUCCCCGCCCGCCUCCCCCCACUCCCCGCCCGCGCCGCGGCGGCACAUCAUACAGGUGUCGCCCUUCCAGAUGUGCGUGCUGCUGCUCUUCAACAAGCGGGACCGGCUCACUUACGAGGAAAUACUCAACGAGACUGAUAUCCCCGAGAAGGACCUGGUCCGCGCUUUACAGUCGUUAGCUAUGGGCAAGCCCACGCAGAGAGUACUCAUCAAACAUCCCAAGACGAAGGAGAUUGAGCCUUCACACCAGUUCUACGUCAAUGACGCCUUCACUUCUAAACUGUACAGAGUGAAGAUUCAAACAGUGGCGGCCAAGGGCGAGUCGGAGCCGGAGCGCCGCGAGACUCGCAACAAGGUGGACGAGGACCGCAAGCACGAGAUCGAGGCGGCCAUCGUCAGGAUCAUGAAGGCCAGGAAGAAGAUGGCGCACACGCUGCUGGUGGCGGAGGUGACGGAGCAGCUGCGCGCGCGCUUCCUGCCGUCGCCGGUGGUCAUCAAGAAGCGCAUCGAGGGGCUGAUCGAGCGCGAGUACCUGGCGCGCACGCCCGACGACCGCAAGGUGUACACGUACGUGGCCUAGGUGCGUACCGCCUCCCGACCCGCUUCACGCGACCACUCCCAGCGCAAUCGUUAUCGAACUCCACUAGCAGCCGGACGUCGACGGUUUCAACUGUAUCAUAAAUAUUGUAAAUAGCGGUAGCUUUAGUUCGAGCCUUGCGUGAUGUGAGACAGUGUUCGUCGUUUCCUGAAUCGAAUGUAUUAAAAUCUUCUUUUUUUAA